AUGCCUUUUAAAGCAUUCGCUACCUUCAAAGAAAAAAUUUUGAAACCUGGAAAGGAGGGCGUGAAGAACACUGUGGGAGAUUCGUUGGGGAUUUUACAAAGGAAAAUUGAUGGGACCCAUGAGGAAGAAGGUAACAUUGAGCUGAAUGAAGAAGGGAGGCCAGUGCAGACGUCCAGACAGAGGCCCCCACUCUGUGACUGCCACUGCUGUGGGGUCCCCAAGCGCUACAUCAUUGCUAUUAUGAGCGGACUGGGGUUCUGCAUCUCCUUUGGGAUUCGGUGCAAUCUUGGAGUUGCCAUUGUGGAAAUGGUCAAUAACAGCACUGUGUAUGUUGAUGGAAAACCAAAAAUUCAGGUCACACAAUUUAACUGGGACCCAGAGACGGUGGGCCUUAUCCAUGGAUCUUUUUUCUGGGGUUAUAUUGUGACACAAAUUCCAGGUGGUUUCAUUUCAAAUAAAUUUGCUGCAAACAGGGUCUUUGGAGCUGCCGUCUUCCUAACAUCGACCUUGAACAUGCUCAUUCCAUCUGCAGCCAGAGCGCAUUACGGCUGUGUCAUGGGUGUCAGGAUUUUACAAGGUUUAGUGGAGGGUGUGACAUACCCAGCAUGUCACGGGAUGUGGAGUAAGUGGGCACCACCUCUGGAGAGAAGCAGACUGGCUACAAUCUCCUUUUGUGGUUCCUAUGCAGGAGCAGUGAUUGCCAUGCCGCUGGCCGGGGUGUUGGUCCAGUACAUUGGAUGGGCCUCUGUCUUUUAUAUUUAUGGUAUUUUGGGCAUUAUUUGGUACAUGUUUUGGCUGUUGCAGGCCUAUGAGUGUCCAGCAGCUCACCCAACAAUAUCCCAGGAGGAGAGGACCUAUAUAGAGGCAAGCAUAGGCGGAGGAGCCAGCUUGGUUAGUCUCAGUAAAUUUAAUACACCAUGGAAAAGAUUUUUCACGUCAUUGCCAGUGUAUGCAAUCAUUGUGGCCAAUUUUUGCAGAAGCUGGACAUUUUAUUUGCUGUUAAUAAGUCAGCCUGCUUACUUUGAAGAGGUCUUUGGAUUUGCAAUAAGUAAGGUGGGUCUCUUGUCAGCAGUCCCACACAUGGUUAUGACGAUCAUUGUGCCUAUUGGAGGACAACUGGCUGAUUAUUUAAGAAGCAGAAAAAUUUUGACCACAACUGCUGUCAGAAAAAUCAUGAACUGCGGAGGUUUUGGCAUGGAGGCAACCUUGCUCCUCGUGGUUGGCUUUUCCCAUACCAAAGGGAUGGCUAUCUCCUUUCUGGUGCUUGCUGUAGGAUUUAGUGGUUUUGCUAUUUCAGGUUUCAAUGUCAACCACUUGGACAUUGCCCCUCGCUAUGCCAGCAUUCUCAUGGGAAUCUCAAAUGGAGUGGGAACCCUCUCUGGAAUGGUCUGUCCCCUUAUUGUGGGCGCAAUGACCAAGCAUAAGACCCGUGAGGAGUGGCAGAAUGUGUUCCUCAUAGCUGCCUUGGUGCACUACAGUGGCGUCAUCUUCUAUGGGGUCUUUGCUUCUGGGGAGAAGCAGGAGUGGGCAGACCCCGAGAACCUUUCUGAGGAGAAGUGUGGAAUCAUUGACCAGGAUGAAUUAGCUGAGGAGACAGAACUCAACCAUGAGAGUUUUGCAAGUCCCAGAAAGAAGAUGUCAUAUGGAGCCACCACCCAGAAGUGUGAAGUCCAGAGGAAGGAAUGGAGAGGACAGAGAGGAGUGACCGUCAACGAGGAAGAGCUGACAUCCUACCAGAAUGAAGGGGAAGGCUUCUCAGAGGCAUCCUAA